AUGAAAUUUCGUGAGUGUGGUAGUGCCCCCUCAUCAUCAUCAUCAUCAUUAUCAUCAUCAUUGUUUGCCACUUCAUCAUUAUCAUCAUCAGCAUCAGCAUCAUCAUCAGCAUUCAUCUUGGUCCUCAUCAUCAUCAUCAUCACCAUCAUCAGUAUUCAUCUUGGUCAUCAUCAUCAUCAGCAGCACUCAUCAUCAUCAUCAUCAUCAGCAUCAUCAGCAUUCAUCAUCAUCAGCAUUCAUCUUGGUCCUCAUCAUCACCAUCAUCACCAUCAUCAUCAGUAUUCAUCUUGGUCAUCAUCAUCAUCAUCGGCAGCAUUCAUCAUCAUCAUCAGCAUUCAUCUUGGUCCUCAUCAUCAUCAGCAUUCAUCAUCAUCAUCAGCAGCAGCAUCAUCAACCCUAAAGCUUUUACUCUUCAUGAUAUUUAAGUAUCAAUAUUGUUAA